AGUCGUUUCUCUUGCGCCCCCCCUCUUCUCUCUCAUCGAAUAUUGUAGUAUAGUAUUCCUGAUACUGUAUCUCUCCUUCUUUUGUGUCUCUCUUUCCUUCUCUCUCAUUAUUAUUAUUAGUAUUAUAUAGAUAGAGAGAUACAUGUAUUAUUGAAUCUCAAAAAUGGUUUGCUUCUUCAAAACGGCAUACCUUCUUCUCUGUCUGCUACUUUAGUUGCUUUUUCCAGUGAGAAGUAAGUAGCAGAGCAGAGCAGAGCAGUGAGUGUGAGUGCCUGCUUUUUUCUUUCACACCUCUUUUUAUAGUUCCCGCUGAGUUUUUGUUGUUUGGGGGAGACCAAAAUAUGGAGAGAAAACAAGGAUUUUUCUCGGCUUUGAAAGACGAAGUCGUCAGGGGCCUGUCUCCGGGGAGGUCUAGGGGGAGGAGUCCAUCCAGGAGUGUUUCUCCCGGGUCGGGUCUUCUGCGCCGAAGGAGACCCGCCGCCGGUCACCACGUGGCGGGCCCGGACGUGUUCAUUUCGAGAUCCGGGAGCUUGAGGCCUGCGGAGGCGCUGUCGCCGUUGAUGGAAGGGCCUGAUCCUGACGAAUCGGACGGUGGGGAUUCCAGGAUGGAGAGGUGGGGCCACUGGAUGAAGGGACAGCUCUGUAGGGCUCCCUCUGUCUCGGCCUCUUCCUCUGCCUCUGCCUAUCAACGGUCCGAUCUGAGGUUGCUGCUCAGCGUUUUGGGUGCGCCUCUGGCUCCGGUGCACGUUAGCAACAGUGACCCUUUACCUCAUCUUAGCAUCAAAGACACCCCCAUUGAAUCAUCCUCUGCUCAAUAUAUAUUGCAGCAGUACACUGCUGCUUGCGGAGGACAAAAGCUUCAGAAUGCUGUUGUCAAUGCUUAUGCAAUGGGUAAGGUGAGGAUGUUAGCUUCUGAUAUCGAGACAGCCACAAAGGUCAUAAAGAGCAGGAAUUCCUCCAAAGCUGCAGAGUCAGGUGGGUUUGUGCUGUGGCAGAUGAAUCCAGAUAUGUGGUAUGUGGAGCUGGCUCUUGGUGGCAGCAAAAUUCAUGCUGGAUGUAACGGCAAGCUUGUUUGGAGGCACACACCGUGGCUUGGUCCACAUGCUGCAAAAGGGCCUGUUAGACCCUUACGUCGAGCACUGCAGGGUCUUGACCCAAGGACCACUGCAAGCAUGUUUACUAAUGCUAGAUGCAUCGGGGAAAAAAAGAUCAAUGGAGAGGAUUGCUUCAUCCUCAAGCUUUGUGCUGAUCCACAUACAUUGAAAGCCAGGAGUGAAGGUCCGGCAGAGAUCAUAAGGCAUGUUUUGUUUGGCUAUUUCAGCCAGAAAACUGGGCUCCUUGUACACCUUGAAGACUCCCAUUUGACUCGCAUCCAAAGCAAUGGCACGGAUGCUGUGUACUGGGAGACCACAAUCAAUUCAUUUCUUGAUGAUUAUAGGCCCGUUGAAGGGAUCAUGAUUGCUCACUCAGGACGAUCAGUGGUAACCCUUUUCAGGUUUGGAGAGACUGCUAUGAGCCACACCAAAACCAGGAUGGAAGAGGCAUGGACAAUCGAGGAAGUGGCAUUCAAUGUUCCAGGCCUGUCAGUAGAUUGUUUCAUUCCACCCGCUGAACUAAGAUUCAGCUCUAUUAGUGAAGCCUGUGAGCUCCCUCAGGAAGAAAGGGUUAGGACCGCUGUGGCAGCUGCAGCAGCAGCUGCUUAUCGAGCCAAAGUUGCAGCCCUGGAGGAAUCGCGUGAUAAUAAUAUCAAUAAUAUUGUUUUGAAGAUGGAUAUUUAGGAAAGGGGCGGGGUUUAGCAGCAAAUGUUUAGUAGAACACUAGCUUGUCAGUAUAAAAGGAAUGACAAAUAUGAGAUUAAUGGGUAAGUUAGAAACUCAGCUGAUUGAGGAAUUUUGAAGUUGGAUGCCAGUUUCUUCAAAUCUGUAUAUACAGGGUAAAUCUUUAUACCCUCAAUCAAGAGUUUCAUUAUGCAGUCAUGGCCUGAGUUUCUGUAGAAUGUGGAGACAAUGGAGGUUUGUCUUCUCCAAUUUGCUUUCCAUACAUAAAUGUGGUGAAAAUGUGACGUCUGAGAUUUACCUCUGUAAAACGUCUUAUGUCAAGACUAAACUAUGCUUGAGGAUGAUAUUUCUGUUUUGUUUUUGUAAAA